AUGUGUUCUUUAGGAGUCCCGGUGUUGACUCUUUCAAGCUUUCUCUGCUUGUUACUGGUCUUAGUUCUCAUAAAGAUCCUUCACAAGCUAUGGUGGACUCCAACUCGCAUACAGAAGCAGAUGGGUCUGCAGGGGAUCCAAGGCCCUCCUUACAGACUCAUCCACGGAAACAACAAAGAAAUUUCCCAGAUGAUGAAAGAAGCCAUGGCCAGACCCAAAAGUAUAUCCCACGACACACUUCCUUUAGUCCAACCUCACAUUCACUACUGGACCAAGAUUUAUGGAAAGAAUUAUCUGCAGUGGCAUGGUUCUCAAGCUCAAUUGGUGAUCACAGAACCCGAAUUGUGCAAACAGAUACUGAAUAACAAAGAUGGAGCUUAUCCAAAAAAGAGAAAGUUGGCCACUCUUUCCUUCCACGGAGAGAGCUUAAAAAGUAUGAUUCCAGCAAUGGUAGCUAGUACUGAGACAAUGCUAGGAAGGUGGAAAAAUUAUGAAGGAAAAGAGAUUGAUGUGCUUCAAGAGUUUAGGUUGUUGACUUCAGAAGUGAUUUCCAGAACAGCAUUUGGCAGCAGCUAUAUUGAAGGAAAGCAUAUUUUUGAGAUGUUGACCAAGUUAGGCUUCAUAAUCUACAAAAAUUAUCUUGCAAUCAGGGUUCCUGUCAUUAGUAAGUUCUUCAAAACCAGUGAUGAGAUAGAAUCGGACAAACUUGAGAAAGGUAUACGGGACUCUAUAAUAGAGAUUAUUAAGACAAGAGAAGAGAAGGCAAUGUCCGGAGUAGAAGACAGAUUUGGAAGUGAUUAUCUUGGAUUACUUGUAAAGGCUCAACAUGAUGCCAAUGACAGCCAGAGGAUUUCGGUGGACGAAGUAGUUGAUGAUUGCAAGACGUUUUACAUGUCCGGACAAGAAACUACUACUACUUUGCUUUCUUGGACUGUGUUGCUUCUGGCAAUCCAUACAGAUUGGCAAGAGGAAGCAAGAAAGGAGGUCAUACAAUUAUUUGGCAAAGAAACUCCACAUCCCGAUGGCAUUUCCAAACUGAAAACAAUUAGUAUGAUCAUUAAUGAGUCUCUAAGGUUAUAUCCUCCACCUGUUUCAAUUAUAAGGAAAGUUGAAAAGGAAGUUAGACUGGGAAAGCUCACUCUUCCUCCUAAUUUUGACUUGGUUAUCUCAACCAUAGCAAUUCACCAUGAUCCUGAAAUCUGGGGACAGGAUGUGCAUCUUUUCAAACCAGAGAGAUUCUUGGAAGGGGUUUCUAAAGCAACUAACAAUAACAUAGGUGCAUUCAUACCAUUUGGAUUGGGACCUCGAACUUGUGUGGGCUUGAACUUUGGCUCCACUGAAGCAAAAAUUGCUCUGUCAAUGAUUCUACAACGCUACUCCUUCACUCUUUCCCCUGGUUAUGUUCACUUUCCCUUGCAUUAUCUUACAGUUCGGCCGCAGCUUGGAGUUCAGGUAAUGCUACACUCACUUUGA